GCCAUCCGCAUGAGCUUUUUUGUUACGAUAAUCUCUUCUUUUUCCUCAACUUUCGGUCCUCAACGCAUCCAAUCUCUCCUACGCAUUCCGAGUGGUCACCUCAUCCUAAUUCCACGAUGGACGGUUCAGAGCAAACCUCAACGUCUCAGAUCGUCGCUCUUGUCUGCAGCAUUCUCGUCUGUUUCGCGAGCACCAUUUUCUUCAUCCCUAGAAAUGCAGUACUCAGCAGAGUCGGUGCAGCCGUGGCUCUGAGCUGUUUGCAGCACUCCUUUUAUACGUCCCUCUUGACGUCGUCCCUGCCUCCAGCCCAAAUAACCGGCAUAUCUCUGUUCGGCUGGGGACUCUACGCCAAUGCCACUGAGCAGAUUCUUCUAUCGCGCUACGAUGCCGACGAUGUACUCACGGUGAAUGAAAAGCAGUCUGGCCGCCAUCUAAGCACUGUCGCCCAUUUCCUUCGUGCUGUGGCUAUGUAUUUUAACCUACGGCGUGUUGGCUUGCGAGGGGAGGUUUCGAUGAAGCACCGGGUCCCGACAAAUUCUGUGAGGUUUGUUACAACGAGGAUUGUUCAAUGUCUUUGCUGUUAUCUUGUCUUGGAUGCUAUCUUUCUCGCGCCGCGUCCGGAGAAGCACUUAAUCACGAGAGAAAAGCAGUCACUGUUCAACCUAACGAGCCUAACUCGGGAAGACAUAAUCUUUCGCUUUGCUAGUUCUGCCGGGAAUUGGGUCAUUGGCUAUGUGUCGGUACGAUUGGCCCAUAAUUUUGUGGCGGCGGUAUCUGUUGUGCUUGGUUUGUGCAAGCCAGAGGAUUGGCCGCACCUCAACGGGCCAAUAAGUUCAUGGUCCACUGUUCGCACAUUCUGGGGAACGUUUUGGCAUCGGCUCUUCCGCAAGGCUCUAGCCGGCUGGGGAGACUUCAUUCCAGAUAAAGUUCUCCAGCUCCGUCGCGGCACGCUGCUGUCACGUUAUACACGCCUGACAUUAGCAUUCUUCGCUUCGGGGCUUAUGCACCGCUGCGUACAUUACUUCUACCGUUUGGAGGCCGGAGAGCGGUAUGAAAUGGAGACAUAUUUCAUUCUACAGCCGCUGGCUAUUAUGCUUGAGGACGCGGUGCAAGCUGUAGCCGUUGAUAUUCCCCUCCCAAGGCCAUUACGCUGGAUAAUUGGGUUUACCUGGUUCUGCAUAUUCACCACGUGGGUGUCGCCGUCAUUCCUUUAUCCUACUAUGCGAGUAGCAGAUCCGGGGCAGUUGCUUCCAUUUUCAGUCAUAGGUCAUCUUAUGAAGUAUUAAUAGACAAAUCCUGUCAGAUGCGAGUUUCAUCACCUGUCAGAGCGGCUGUGUCAAGCUGGGAGAACCAAAAGGCACAACCAUGUAAUUACUGUUUCGCUGCUUCAAUCGGAGAUAUUUCAGAUUAGGAAGUUCAUUACAGCUAAAUAUACAGUUGAUAAGCCAAU